CUGCCGGGAGUUGUAGUUCCGGUAGUCGCGCUGUGUCCCGGGAUGCCGCGCGGCUCCGCCUGCUCUGUCACUGCUGGGAGCCGGCCGGGUAAGAGAACCGGGGAGACGGUUUGGGGGUGCUGGGAGACGGUUUGGGGGUGCUGGGGGAGACGGUUUGGGGUGCGGGAGGGGGGGAGAGACGGUUUGGGGUGCGGAGGGGGGGGGAGAGACGGUUUGGGGGUGGCGGAGGGGGGAGAGACGGUUUGGGGCAGUGCUGGGGGGCGGGGAGAGACGGUUUGGGGUGCUUGGGGGAGACGGUUUGGGGUGCUGGGGGAGAGAUGGUUUGGGUGCUUGGGGAGAUGGUUUGGGGUGGAGGGGGGGGGAGACUUGGUUUGGGGUGCGGAGGGGAGAGACUUGUUUGGGGUGGUGGAGGGGGGGGAGAGACGGCUUGGGGGUGCUGGGGGGGCGGGGAGAGACGGUUUGGGGGUGCUUGGGAGACGGUUUGGGGUGUUGGGGGGAGAGAUUGGUUUGGGGUGCUGAGACGGUUUGGGGGUGCUUGGGGAGAGACGGUUUGGGGGGGGUGCUGGAGGGGGGAGACGGUUUGGGGUGUUGGGGAGACUUGUCAGUGCUGGGAGAGACGGUUUGGGGUGUUGGGGAGAGACGGUUGGGGUGCUGGGGAGAGACCUGCUUGGGGUGCUGAGGGGGGGGAGAGACGGUUUGGGGGUGCUGAGGGGGGAGAGACUUGGUUUGGGGUGCUGGGAUAGACGUAUUUGGGGGUGCUGGGGGAGAGACGGUUUGGGGUGCUGGGGAGGGGAGAGACGGUUUGGGGGUGCUGGGGGGAGAGGAGACGGUUUUGGGGGUGCUGGGGGGGAUGGUUUGAGGGCUAUGAUGUUUUUUCGGGUUUGGGGGUGCUGGGGGGGGAUGGUUGGUUUGAGGGUUGCGGAUGUUUUUUUCGGUUUGGGGGUGCUGGGGGGCACGGUUUGGGACCCCAAAGGAUUUCUACCUGCCUAGGUCACUGAGUACAGCGAAGGUUUCUGGGGUGAGUGGUGGAAGGUUGCUGCUGGAUUCAGUCUCCCCAGAGAGGCUAGUUUACUAAUCUCUCUCGCUGUAUCUGAAUAGGCGCAGUAGUUAUGGUGCUUGGAGCGUUACUUUAGUGUAAAAUUAGCUGAGAAACCUGAAUGAGACACAGAGGGAUUAAGGUACUGCGCUGUGGAAUAUGUUGGCGAUUUAUAAAUGGCGUUAUAGUGACCAUGGUGGCUUUCUAGCACACUCCCAUAAUUAAUGGAUGUCUCCAUUUAUUGCAUAGAAAGCUUUACAUGAUUUCAGUCUUACUUGACAAAAAUCCUAAAUAUUUCAUUUUGAUUAUUCUGCUUUCCAGGGAUCACGGAGUAUGGACAGAAUUUCCCAGCCUGCCUCUGGAAAACUGACAAACUAAAGCAGCGCAGUCACCGUUUGGGGACUUAGCCGAAUUUGCCAAGUCCCUCAGCAGUAACCAAAGAAGUUACUUGUGCGCUAUCCCAAAUCCCUGUGCAGAUUUACUUAAAGGACCACUAUAGUGCCAGGAAAACAAACUUGUUUUCUUGGCACUAUAGGGUCAUUAGGUGCCCCCCUCUUGCUGGGCUGAAGGGGUUAAAACCACUUACCUCAAUCCAGCGCCGGGCUCCCUCUGUGCUGGGGAACUCUCCUCCUUCUUCCGACGUCAGCUCCGAAUACGCAUGACUGCAAGAGCCACGCGCACUCUCUAAACGCCCAUAGGAAAGCAUUAGUCGGUGCUUUCCUAUGCACGCUGGCAUCUUCUCUCUGUGAUUUUCACAGUGAGAAUCGCGGAAGUGGCCUCUAGCGGCUGUCAGUUAGACAGCGACUAGAGGCUGGAUUAACCCUCAGUGAACAUAGCAGCUGUACGGUUAAAACUAGAGUGAACAGGCACCCAGACCACUUCAUUGAGCUGAAGUGGUCUGGGUGCCUAUAGUGGUCCUUUAACUGGAGGUUUUUAGCAUCACUCCAGUAGCCAUUAGAUGGAAUCACACCUGCGACGUCAAGGCAAACCUCUUACAAACCCCUACACUAACAAUUCACCUUGCUUCUCUCAGUUUCAGGUAGAAAAACUCUGAGACAGAGACAUACUUAAUAACCCUUAAUAGAGAGCACAUGGGGUGGGCAGCAGCAUUGUAACAUGACUGUGUGAUACAAAAACAAGUCCUGCGCUCAAACUCCCACUACUCCUGGGCGGCAGCAAUGACCAUAGUACACAGCCCCAAUACAAAGAAAAGUGCUACUUGCACACGAGCCCAAAUCCCUGUGUAUAUUUCCAUAACUGGAGGUAUGUGUUGGGGCUUGUGACAAACACUAUUUUCCCUGUGCUCCAGACAUUUCCCUUCUAUUUCUUAUAUUAUGUUCCCUGAACCUCAUUCACGUUUCCUCAGUUUGGGAGCUCCAAUCUACCGAACACCGACCACCAAUCCCGCCCCCGGCUCAUUAACUACAAACUAAUCACAAAUCUUUAAUGCUCUCCCUGUGUGGCCACUGUUCGUAAAACUGAACAACACGUGAUGUGGAAAACGGUAGCCAUCUUGUCACACGAACACAGGCAGCGGUGCUUGGUCAUCAAGCGGAUGGAACUCAAAGCUGGAUACAUCCUUGUGCGAACCUCCGUCAUCUUGUGUCGACGCCUGCUUCUUUUCCCGACAAGACAGCUCUGUUUAGUAGGCUUGUUCGCACCAACUAGGCGAACAAUAGCUACCUAUGCGCCCGGGGAACCGUUCGACAGUUUAUUCGGUUCUAAACUCUUGUAAGUGACCUACCGCUACCACUAUUUCUUAGGAACUAAUUUGGGCACAUGCUACAUGUGCUAAAGCUAGCUCUCUUAUCUCCCAGUCACAGAGGCGCCUGGGCUGGCUUACUGUACAACUGAAUGGAGACCCCAUGCUGAGGGUCUGUGUAUAUUAGCUGGCCAUAAUAAAACAUUCUUGUACCCUUCAUCAAGUCUUGGCUGAUGUUUGGGUAUACCAGAGCUAUAAUCACUGCUUCACCUUGGGAUUCGGGAGACUUACAACGCAUAUACUCAGUCGAAGUAUAGAGGAUCCGUUACAGGGCUGAUGUUUACUAUGGUCAUUACUGCCGGCCAGGAGUAGUGUGAGUGUGAGUGCAGGACUUAUUUUGGAAUGUUUUUAUUUGCAUCACACGACCAUUACAAUGCUCCCACUCACCCCAUGUGUUCCCUAUUGAGGGUUAAUAUGUAUGUAGGGUUUUAGCAAGGUGAAUUGUUAGUGUAGGAUUCACCUAAGAGGUUUGCAUUGAUGUGGCAGGGGAGCUUACAUCUAAUGGCCAUUGGAGUAACUAAACACUUCCAGUUAUGUAAAUAUACACAGGGAUUUGGGCUAGUGCGCAAGUAGCUAUUUCCUUUUGUUUUUACUGUAUGUAUUGGGGCUGAUGUGUGCUAUGAUUAUUGCUGCCGCCCAGGAGUAUUGGGAGCAGCACUGUAUUUGUAAGUACCCCGACAGUGACAUCGCUGCUGGUGGUCCCGUGGGGAAGGGGAGGUAAAGGUAAAUUUACUUACCUGAACUUGUUCUUUGUGGGCGAUCUCUAUCCAGCUCGGUCCUCUAUGGUCCCGAUGCCAUUGCUAUAGUCUUGCACAUGAGUAAAAAUACAGCAAUUAGGUCUAUGCGGGAUACCACGAAAACCACAGUAUGUGAUGACGGCUGCAGGGAUUGACUCAGUAGCUCCGCCUUGAGUAAAAAAAAAAUCAGGUCAGGUGGAGGAUAAAUAGUUAUCCCUGUAUAUCUCUUGAUACUCUCUUUAUAAAAUAUUAAUUUAGUAAGAUAAUCCAUCCUGCUGCAGGUCCCUGUCUAUCGGUCAAUCACAAACCAGACAAUGUCGUCCUCUUGUUGUAAUUCCUGUUCAUAAUGUAUUUGUUUGUGUUUGUAGGUCUCACCAUAAAAUAGCAUCAUUCUGACAGUGUUUAAGGCUUCUCUACAUGCUCCAGAAGGAAUCUCCGAUCAUUAUUGUUAGCCAAGCCCCCCAGAAUGAGGAAAUCUAGAAAAUCCUGCCUCAGGACUCCAGAACCAACAUUAAAUAUUGAGAAGAAAAUUAUUGAAGAACCCAAACACAUAGAGUUGUCCAAAAAACAAGGGACCAAUAGUGGCCACCUGAGCAUCAAAGCAAAGGAACUAGAAAUAACGAAGCCUCCAAGAAAACGCCGAAGGGCCCCGACUAAAUCAGAUGCUUUCAUCUGCGGUGACUGCGGCAAGGGAAGUCCAUGUAAGUCUGCUCACUUGAGGCACAUGAAAACCCACACAGGAGAACGUCCAUAUAUGUGCGAUGACUGUGGGAAAAGGUUCAUCCAGAUCUCAGAGUAUAAAAACCACCAGAGAUCUCACACCGGGGAGAAGCCAUACACCUGCUCAGAGUGUGGCAAAUGCUUCAGCCGCUGCACCUACCUCACCAUGCACAUGAGGACCCACACUGGUGAGAAACCAUACAUGUGCUUGGAGUGUGGAAGGAGCUUUAUUCAGCACCCCCAUCUGGUCAACCACCAACGGAUCCACAGUGGAGAGAAACCCUACAUCUGCUUAGAUUGCGGCAAGAGGUUCAGCCGCAGCUCUACCCUUGUUAUCCACAACCGGACACACACAGGGGAACGGCCUUACACCUGCGAAGAAUGCGACAAAAGCUUCCUGCGCAGCUCGGAUUUCCAGCGGCAUCGCAAGAUACAUCAGGCUAAAUCGCCCCAUACCUGCCGAGAGUGUGGGAAAAACUUCAGCCGGAACUCCCUUCUUAUUAAACAUGAGCUCGCCCACACGGAGAAGAAACCGCACAUGUGUGUAGAGUGUGGCAAACGCUUCAUGUGUAACACAACAUUUCUGCGGCAUCAGAACACGCACAGAAUUAACUCUCUAUACGUGUGCUGGAAAAAAAUUCAAUCGGGGAUCCCUUCAUUGUGAAUUUCAGCUUUCUUUAUAUUAAAGGCCGAUUGGAGAGCUGUUAAUUUCAUCGAUUUCUCCUCCGGCCUUGGGAGUGGGAACGUUCUGGGUAGCUGUAAAUGUUACAGACCAAUACAGACUGUGACAGCCCUUAAACGGGUUCACACCGAAAAUUGACAGUGUUUUGUUUGUUAUUCCAUCACGCCAAACUUGAUCUGCUUCUAGCUUGUCUCCUUAUGUCCACAGCAGUGCCAUUCCACUCACCUCCAUUAAGCCAAUCUCCUGUGGAGCAGGAUGAUACAUUAAGAGGAGGUUAAGAAUAUUUUAGAAGGUUGCUUGCUUCAGGUUACAAUGCAUUGAACAUUGAGAUAAAUUAAUAACUAAGAAGAGCACAGUAACUGCGGUCUAUUAGCAAUUUUCAUAGUUUGAUGACUUUACAAGAAUUGUCUUACAUUAGGACACUUCUAUCCAACUGUUAAGUGUUCUAGACUAUAUUUGUCAUGAAUACACACUUAAAAUGAAUGGCCCUUCUAAGUAAAUUAUGUCAUUCACUUGCGGCCUAUGGCUGGAGGCCCAGAGCCUACUUAGUACAUUGUGUAAGACCAUAAUAAUUCUAUCUGGAAAUGGUAGAUUUGAGGAUCCGAACCCCUCUCCAUGAAUGAUGUUAUACAAUAGAUCAUGGCUGGGGGUCCGAACCACUCUCAGUGAAUGAUGUUAUACAAUAGAUCAUGGCUGGGGGUCCCAACCCCUCUCAAUGAAUGCUGUGAUAUAGUAGAUCAUGGAACGGCGAUAAGAUCCUUUUUAUCCCAAUGGUUAAACUACUAACCUUGCUAUACAUGAAACAACAAUACGAAGUUAAAAUAAAAAAUAGAAACCACUGUGUUUAUCAAGCAAUUAUCUUUUAGAAAGAUUGCAGGUAGGGGGCUUUUUACACCCAGACUAACGGUGUGGCCUUAGAUUUCCAUGGCUCUCUUCCUUGUCUUCAUGAAGUUUGUCAGUCUUUAUUAUAUCCAUUGGCCAUGGUCUUCCUGUCACUGCUUCCACUUUAAUCCAUAUUACAGAGGAUACACUGAGUAAUGUCACAGCGAUUUCAAAACAUUAUAUUAAAGGGGCCACACUUAGCGCUAGAGCCUACUUCACUUUCCCCUGGAAGUCUUUGGGCAUGCGGUUAUUAAAGAAAUCCACAUCAGCAAUUACAUUUUCGUCCAUAUUUUGAGCAGCAAUCAUUGGCUGGGUCUGUAAAACACCACGUCCAGCCUGUCAACGCUGUUCAAAUAUGGACAAAACUGAUAAGUUGGAAGUAGAAUGUCUGCAUUAACACCUAGUGCGUGUGUGUGUGGGAGCCUGGAGUGUUAUAAACCCACCCAGUAUAACUGUAACCUAACCUACACAGUGCAUCUAACAUGUGUGGGAGCCUGGAGUGUCCCUUUAAUAAUAUAAACCCACCCAGUAUAACUAACUGUAACCUAAC